AUGUGUGACGUAAUAAUCCGUGAAACAAACAGAAAAGCCAAUACAGUGUUUGAUAUAAUAAACGAAUGCAACCCAACAUCAGAACGACGUAUUUGGAAAGCAGUAACAGAAACAGAAUUCGACGCAUAUUUGGGAUUGUUGCUGCUUGUUGGCGUUACUCACUCUGGCUACGUUCACACAAAAGAUUUGUGGAAGACAACUGCACAUCCACUGUUUCGAGCUUCAUUGAGCGUCAGACGAUUUUGGGAAAUAAGUCGUUUCAUCCGUUUUGAUAAUGGAAUCACGCGGGAGCAUCGCAAACAAUAUGACAAAGCGGCUGCCAUAUCUGACACAUUUGUGAUGCUGAAUAGCAAUUUACGAAAAUAUUACACCGCAUCAGCCAACGUGACAAUUGAUGAGCAGCUGUACCCGUUCCKYGGAGGAACUGGCUUUACGCAAUAUAUUCCCUCAAAGCCAGCCAAAUACGGCAUAAUAGUGUGGUGGAUGUGCGACUCGAUUACGUCGUAUCCACUCAAAGGCCAAAUCUACACAGUAAAGGCAGCGUCCGGGGAACCAAAACAAUUGAUGAACGAUCACAAAUUGUCCAUACUGGGCACAGUCAAUAAGCGCCGCAGAUUUGUGCCAAAACAAUUGUCCAUUGCAAAAGGGCGCCAACCAGAAUCCACCAUAUUUGCAUUCAGUGAGAGCRUUGCCAUGUGCUCAUAUGUUCCUAAAAAGAACAAAGCUGUUGUGCUUCUAUCUACAAUGCACUAUGAUAYRCAAAUUGUUGGUYCUAGACGUAAACCAGCUAUGAUAAUGGAUUACAACAAGUACAAAGGUGGYGUUGACAAUAUGGACAAAUGCCUUGCUGAGUAUUCCACCAAACGGCGUACAAAUAGAUGGCCUUUGGCGUUUUUUUAUAAUAUCCUGGAUGUCGCAGCCUUUGCCGCAUAUAUUAUUUACAUGGAGAAAAAUCCACACAUGAAGGUGUCAACAGCACGGAGCAGGGAAUUUCUGCACCAUCUCAGUGAGCAACUGGCCCGUGCGGAGGUAGAUGUCAGGUGCACCAAUCCGCAAAUAUCUAAAAUUUUCUCAACGCGCAACGCAAUAGAAGCUAUAACUGGUGCACCUUUGCGACUGGAAACGGCACCACCAGAUGCAGAGGAGCGGGCAACACUGGCCGACUAA